ACACGCCAUACAUUUUUUCCUCCUGUAAAACACAACGCCGUUCGUCGCUGAUUCUUCCGCUUCGCAGCAAAAUCACCACUGGCAGAGUCCAUAAGCAGUCGGCUGCCUCGUCGUAGUAGUCCGCAGUCAGCUUCGAAGCAUGGCGAGCUCGGAAAGUUUCAGUGUGGAAAAAAGUCCCGCGGAUUACAAACCGUACAGUUGCAGCCUAGCGGAUCGGGACAGACAGUUGGCCAAGGUAGAACUCGGCGAGGAUGACACAAUUCGGGAGCAAGGUCUGCAGCAGAUGCGUGAGUGGAUUGCGCGCCAUCCGCAUAUCCGGAAGUGUCGUACGGAUACGGUGUUUCUACUGAGGUUUCUGCGGGCACGUAAGUUCAACCUUCCGGAUGCAUGUGAGAUGCUGGAACGGUACCUGUCCAUGCGUCAGGUGUUUAAAAUAUGGUACGAGAAUUUGGAUCCGGAGGAUAAGUACAUGAAGCAACUGGUUGUCACGGAGGGAGCGCUGCCUUUGGGCUUUGAUGGACGUGGUCGAAUGGUAGGGUUGGUUAAGGUGCGGAAUUUUGACGUGACCAAGUACAACUGCUUCCACCUGGGUCGAUUUACGCAUAUGGCAUUGGAAGCGUUCUAUGACGAUGAACAGGUUCAGAUUGGUGGCGGCGUGGCAAUUGUGGACUGUGAGGGUGCAUCCAUGGCCCAUUUUACGUUGUUUAAACUAUCCGACAUCAGGAACUUCAUGGAGCAUCUUAAGUUGGCACUCCCGAUACGUGUUCAGGAGAUACACAUAAUCGGGCUACCUCGUAUCGGUGCCGCAAUCGGAGAUCUCAUCCUCAGUUUCGCUAGCACCGAGAUGAAACGUCGAAUUCAUUUUCACGCAACCUUGGCAGAUGCAUUGCAACUGUUAGAUCAAUCGUUACUGCCGAUGGAGUACGGUGGCACUCAGGAUGCGAGGGACAUAACCGAGAGAUUACGUCAGCGUUUGGAGGCUGCGAGGAAAGCGUUGGUUCAGCUGGACGAGUUGGAGAUAGAUGUGUCGCCUUACGCUGGAUUCUGGAACCACGGCAGGGAUGAAGAUGUCGAGUUCGGAAUGGAGAUUGAUUGAACCGAAACGGGGGCAUAACUCAAAAUGGUUUCACGAGAUCGACUCAAUUGGUGGUUUAAUCUUCUUAAAUAUACAGAUGAUAUAAGUUAGGGUUAGCUAUGUGGCGCAUAAUUAUAUGAACUGCGUUUUCGACAUUCCGUUAGAGAUAUGUGUAUUAGAUCUCUUUACUGUGUGACUGAACUGAAAAUAUAUUCUGUUAUAUGUGUUGCGUUUGGGUUUGAAUGAAUAA